GCGGCGGCGGUGGCGGCCGCGGCCGCUGUGGCGGCGGCGGCCGCGGCCGCAGCGGGGGGCGAGACAGAGGAACCGGUGCUGAGCAGGGACGAGGACUCAGAGGAAGACGCAGACUCCGAGACAGAGCGCGAGGCUCGGCGGGUCACGGCCGUGGCGGUGAUGGCGGCGGAGCCCGCGCACAUGGACAUGGGUACCGAGGCCCUGCCCGGGCCCGAUGAGGCAGCCGCCGCCGCCGCUGCCUUCGCAGAAGUGACUACGGUGACGGUAGCCAACAUGGGGGCCUCUGCAGACAAUGUCUUCACGACAUCAGUGGCAAAUGCUGCAUCCAUUUCAGGACAUGUCCUGUCUGGCAGAACUGCACUACAGAUCGGGGACAGCCUCAACACUGAGAAGGCCACGCUGAUUGUUGUGCACACAGAUGGGAGCAUUGUGGAGACCACUGGCCUGAAGGGUCCAGCGGCCCCUCUCACCCCAGGUCCACAGUCUCCUCCGACCCCAUUGGCUCCUGGCCAGGAAAAAGGAGCCACCAAGUACAACUGGGACCCAUCGGUGUAUGAUAGCGAGUUGCCUGUGCGCUGCCGGAACAUCAGUGGCACACUUUAUAAAAGCAGGCUGGGCUCAGGGGGCCGGGGGCGCUGUAUUAAGCAGGGGGAGAACUGGUAUAGCCCAACAGAGUUUGAAGCCAUGGCGGGAAGAGCCAGCAGCAAGGACUGGAAGAGAAGCAUCCGAUACGCUGGCCGGCCGCUGCAGUGCCUCAUCCAGGAUGGGAUCUUGAACCCCCAUGCAGCCUCUUGCACCUGCGCGGCCUGCUGUGAUGACAUGACCUUGAGCGGCCCUGUCCGACUCUUUGUGCCCUACAAGAGACGAAAGAAGGAGAACGAGCUGCCUACACCGCCGCUAAAGAAGGACUCUCCCAAGAACAUCACGCUUCUCCCGGCCACCGCUGCCACCACGUUCACUGUGACACCCUCGGGGCAGAUCACCACAUCUGGGGCACUGACCUUUGACCGCACAUCCACUGUGGAGGCCACUGCUGUCAUCUCAGAGAGCCCAGCCCAGGGCGAUGUCUUUACAGGAGCCACAGUGCAGGAGGCUGGUGUGCAGCCGCCCUGCCGGGUUGGCCACCCUGAGCCCCACUACCCUGGAUACCAGGACAGCUGCCAGAUCGCACCCUUCCCCGAGGCUGCACUGCCAACAUCACACCCCAAGAUAGUGCUCACAUCCCUGCCUGCCCUGGCCGUCCCGCCCUCCACCCCCACCAAGCCUAUCUCCCCGGCAUCUCUUGGUGGGCUGGAGAUGACAGAGCCUCGGAGCUGGCUCUACCUGGAAGACAUGGUGAACAAUUUGCUCAACACGGCGCAGCAGCUGAAGACACUGUUUGAACAGGCCAAGCAGGCCAGCACCUGCCGUGAGGCUGCUGUGACACAGGCCAGGAUGCAGGCUGAUGCAGAGCGGAAAGAGCAGUCUUGUGUGAACUGUGGCCGGGAGGCCCUGAGUGAGUGCACUGGCUGCCACAAGGUCAACUACUGCUCCACAUUCUGCCAGCGCAAGGACUGGAAAGACCACCAGCACAUAUGCGGUCAGUCAGCAGCUGUCACCGUCCAGGCUGAUGAGGUCCAUGUCAGUGACGGCGUGAUUGAGAAGGUCACCGUGUGAGCCAGGCACUUUGGUGCCUCCCAUGAGGACAAAGACCUGUGGCCCAUGCAGUGUGGAGGAGACAAGCAGGAGGCCGCUGGUAGGCAGGUUCUGGUGAGCCCUGAGCCACAGCACCUUGCACAGGAACGCCCUACCCGAACACCUGGAAGGACUGGUGGCAAGUGGCAGACCAGGUCCCCGCCCCUCACGGUGCUCUUACCUGGAUCAUGGGCGUGCAGUCACCCAAGGUGUCCCUGUGCUGCAGCACGCACACAUACGUGUCUGUCAAUAAAGUUGUAAAUAAUCCCCAC